AUGGGCAUUUUAUUGCCACCAGGACAGAGCCGUUAUGCAAACCCGCCAAGAAUGCUUGAAGUGUAUGCACUAUGCAGAAUCUGCAAGUAUCUCCAAUUCAACGUACUUGACAGCAAGGCACGCCUGAGUAAGGAUUUGGUCUAUGGGUUCUCGGAGUUUCCGGACGUAACAUUCGUCAGUUCGUCAGCCAAAGUCGUAUUAAUAGAAGUUGCAGCGCUAUGUGCAGCCGCCCCAAGUAGACCAGACUGCAACUACUUGGAGCGGCAUGUCAGCAAUGGAAUUCCUCCGGUUCAGUCGUGGCGGUUGCGCGCCAACAGAAGGCGGGGGAAGUACAGUAGCUCGGCUACGCUGGGAAGUUGGAACUGGGAACCUUGCUUAUGUGCGGAUACACGUAGGGCCAGGUGA